UCGAAGAAGAAAUACAUCAACAUAAACAAAAUGUUGCCGCCUUAAUUUUGAUUGAAUAAGCGAAGUAUGACUUUUUUGAAACACUGACGGUUUUUUUUUAUACACUUUAUACACGACAGCGAAGAGCUGUGUUGCGUCGCCAUGGCUGGGACGCCUGUUGCUCUGGAGUGGGAUGAUGUGAAGAGGAUCCAGCUGCAGAGCCUCCACGAAUGUGACAGGGAAGAACUGGACGACCUUGUUACGCGGCUAACUUCGACAGAAGAGUGGCAGGUGGACCGUCAGGCUCAGGAGGACGUCGUCCAUGUACUGCAAGUGUUUCAGACCCUGCUCAAGAUUAAACAUCUGGAGGUGUCUCUCGCUGAGCAGUUGAUAGAAGAGCAAGAGAAAAAUGAAAAUAAACUUCAAGCCAAGGUGUUGAGACUAGAGAAAGACCUCAAGUACGCGAAGAGCAGCGUUGGUGGUGGCGGGACAGACAAUCGCUUCCUGAGGAAUGAAAUUUGUCAGCUGGAGAAGCAAUUGGAACAGAAGGAAAAGGAGGUGACCCAUUUGAGGAGGGAGAUGGGAGGAAGCAAAAAAACCAUAGAGGAGUUGGUCCUACGAGCAGAAGCAGCCGAGGACGAGGUGAAGACAUUGAAAAGAGAAAUAAAAAAGCUCAAAAAGAAGAACACGCAACUCCAGCGGGACGUGGACUUUUAUCACGGAGAGUUGGAGCGCAAGGAGUCGCAUGCAUCCAAAGAAGAGAAUGCUGAGACUCAGAGGAAGCUCAGCUCAGCCAACCGCCAGCUUUCCCAAUGCCUGGACGACCUUCAACAAGCGGAGGAGGAGAACUCGCAGCUAAAGAUGGACAACCUCCACAUGCAGAAAUGUGUGAUGGAGUCAGCCAAGGAGAUGGAAAAGAUGAGCGAUGAGUACAACCAGAUCAAGAUGGCCGUCCAUCAGUGUGACUCCUUGACAGACCAGCUGAGAAAAGAGAGGGAUCGCGCCGAGCUGCAGGUCAGAGAGCUGACGCAGAAGAUAAACGAUAUGACGGAAGAGGACGACCCCAUUAUUGCAGCAGUGGAUGCUAAAGUGGACCAAUGGAAGAAAGUGCUCUCUGAAAAGGAUGAGGAGAUUUCAGUGUACCAGCAGAUGAUCCGUGACCUUCAGCACAAGUUGCGCGUGGCGCAGUUGGACUUGGACAGAAGCAACAUUAUUGCUUUGCAGCAGGCCUUGGAGGAGCGAGAUGAUCAGAUCAAGAUCCUGAAAGCGCAAGUGGAGCAGUUUACAGGGGAAAUGGAGAAGCAGACGCUGCUCAUGGAGGGUCUGAAGGUUCCCAAAAAGGAAAGUGGAGCACUGGUUCAGCAGAGAAAGAUGGAGGAACUCAUGUCCAAGCGAGACGCUGCUGAGAUGAGAGCAGCAGCAGCAGAGGAGGCUUUGAAACGAGCGGAAGCUCACGCUGAGGAAAAAGACCAGGAGCUCAUCGAGGCCUCCAAGCGCCUGAGAGAUUACGAGCUUGGCACUUACGGCCUAGAAGAAGCCAUCGGUGAGAUCAAGGAGUUUAAAAGUCAAAUCCGAAGGAGAGGUUUGGAAUUAGAGGCCGUGACCAAGGAGAUCAACCAAGCAUACAUGACAAUCAACCAGCUCACAGAGGAAAAUGAGGACUUCCGGGAAAGACUUGGCUAUGAACCCAGACAGGAAGUGGACCUGAAUGAGUUCAGGCGAACCAAAGACCUAAAACAACGGCAGUACAAAGCCGAAAAUCAAAUCCUCACUAAAGAGAUUGAACGUCUUGAAGAGGAAAGACUGGAGAUGAAGAAACAAGUCCGACUCCUGGCCAAGCAGAGAGGGCUGCCACCAUCCAUCUUGGUGGAGGACGAUGUCACACACGGCGUAAAAUGGCCAAAGACCCACAUGGAUGAAGAGCUUCGAGCCAAGAACGGGCAACUGGAAGAAGAAGUGAAAAUGCAGAAGAGACAGAUUGAUCUUCACAAGAUUCAGUUUCACCUCAAAUUGGAGCAGCUCUCUAAGGAGAAAGGGGAUCUGGAGGCUGCACUCAAGGACGUCCUCCAGGCUUAUAAGGCCAAGGAGACUAGUCCGUCUGACGCUGACUCUGGUAUUCCCGGUCUGGUGGACGCGGAGGACGUCGUGGGCAAGGAACUGACGUCGAACCUAAAGUCUCAAAUCCACGAGCUGGUAGGCAGGAAUGAGGAGCUGCGGCGCGAACUGAAGUCCGCCCGCCAGGAAGCGACCGGCAGCGUUGCUCAAUUCGCUGCAGCCAAAGAGAAGAUGAGUCACCUGGAGGGUGAGCUGGAGCACCUGAGGAAGUCGGGUGGCGGCAUCAGUGGCAGCCUCUUCCAACAAUUAAGCCUCCCCGAGGGCGUGGGGGCCAGCAGCACGGAGGUCAUCAACUCCUUGAAUGAAUAUGCCAUUCGCCUGCUUCAGGAGCUCCAUAAUCAGGAGAACACAAAGGACAAACUGACGGCAACACUGGAGGAAUACAAAGAGAAGUUUGCUGUUAACAGCCACCAGCAAGGGCUCCUCUAUGAGGAAUACCUCAGUGAGAAGUCACAAUGGGAGAAGGAGAAAGAAGCUUUAAUGAGCACCAGAGCCAAAAUUGAGGAGCAACAGCAGAUAGAUGCUAUUAAACUCCAGCAGUUCAGUGAUCUACUGGACACCCUUGAGAAGGACCCAGAGAAAGUCAGGCAGCAUCUGAGCGAAGCGCUACGCAGGUUGACUGUGUCCAAAGUUAAUGAAAAGAAGCUGACUCGACGCUGCACCACCCUGAUGGAGCAGGAGCAGCACCUGCGCAAGGAAAAUGGUCGGCUGAGGGAUGCAGACAUGCAAAUGCAGACUGCCGUCACACAGAGGAUAGGGUACCUGCUCAGAUACAACGAAAUUGCGGCGUACAGGAUGGCGGCGCUGCAGAAGGCCUUGGACGACAGCGUGCCGGCAUCGGAGCUGGGGAAGGCCAACAGGCAGUACACGGAGCUCACCAUCAAAUACAGGGACAUGUUGCAGAGAGACGGACUGCUCGUGAACCGGACCACUAACUUGGAACAUCUGGAGAGUGAGAAUGCAUCUCUAAGAGGACACAUGGCCACUAUCAACAAGGAGCUGGAGAUCACCAAGGAAAAGCUGCACAUGCUGGAGCACGCGUGGGAGAACGCGAGGUCGGAAACGGGUGUUGGCGAUGCAGAGAAGGACUCCCGUGAGGGGGCAUCGGCUGCCCGGCGGAUGGCCACGCUAGAGAUGAAGGAGCUGAAUGAGCGUCAAAGGGCGGAGCACGCUAAUGCGAUGUAUGAACGGCUGAGGAGCUCACUCAGCCAGGUGGAGGAGCGCAACGCUGAGCUGGAGGCCAAGUUUGCUGAGCUGACCAAAAUGAACGUGGAGGCGCAGCACGUGCAGCGAGAGCUGAGGGACGAGCUGGCCGACUGCGUCACCAAAACAGCCAGCGACGCUGACCGAGCAAGGAUCGGACAGCUGGAGGCCGUCGAGGCACAACUGCGCUCCGAGCUUUCAAAGCUUCGGGAGGUUUCUGACAUUGCCAUGAAACAAACGUCGGCUUUCCAGGCCAGACAACAUUCUAAUGACAAGGAGGUAGAAUCUUUGAGGAGACAAAUCCUUGACUAUCAGUCUCAAUCGGACGAGAAGGCCCUGGUCGCCAAGCUCCACCAGCACAUCUUGGCUCUGCAACUCAGCGAGUCAGAUGCCUUGGCCAAGCUCGCCACUUCCACUGCCCGUGUACGCCAGCUGGAAGCACUCUCGCAGCGUGUCGAGCAGCGUCUGGACGCCGGGGAGCGGGCACUGUUCCUGGCCAGGCAGGAGGGUGGCAACCGUUGCCGGCACCUGCGGCAGACGGUACAGUCGUUGCGCCGGCAGUAUGCUGGCGCGCUGCCGCUAUAUAAGCAGGAGAAGUUCUCGUCCACCCUGGUGGGCCUCCAGGAGGAGAGGGCAAAGGCGUACCAGGAGAGGAGGGAGGCGGACGAAGAGCGCAGGAGGGUGGAGGGUCGGGCGGAGGAGCUGGAGUUCAAGCUCAGAGGCCUGGAGGAGCUCUGCACCACGCUGAAGGAUGCCAAAGGGGCCCAGAAGAUACGCGAGUGGCAUAAGAAGAUGGAAGAAGCCUAUCUGCAGGAGCUGAGGAAAAGCAGGGAGGUGGCGGUGCAGAAGGAGGAGAUCCGGUACCUAAAAAACUUGCUGGAGGAGCAGGAGAGAAACAUCCACUCACUCGGCGAGGAAAUUGUGCAACAAAAUAUGAUUCAAGAAGAGCGCCAACUUGGGUGGGACCAGCGAGAAUUGGAGCUGGAACGUCAGCUGGACCAGCACGAGAACCAACAAAGGGAGUUUCUGGGAGCCACCGGAAAGGUAGACGAUGCCGCCAGCUACCUCCCGGACAAAAAUCUACCUCUCAAUCAACAACUUGAUUUUGCCUUGAGAAAAAUCAGUGAGCAAGUUGACUCCAUCUCGAACUCGCAGGCCGCUUGCAAACGUCUGGAUGAGAAACUGAAGGAGAAAGAAGCGGCCCUGAGAAAGUCCCAACAAAACGUGGCGUCCAGGGACAAAGUCAUCAACGAGCUGCGUCUCCGCCUCCCGACCGUUAGCGCCAGUGGGGGGCGACUACUGACGGACGCUUCCGAGCGCGAUGUAGAAGCCCUUAAACUGGCGCACAAGACCAUCAAAGAUCUCCAAGGGCGACUCGACAAGAAAGAUGAGGUACUCAAGAAGUACCAGAACCAGCUGGCACAAGCCGUAAAGGAUCAAGAGCAGAUGAUUAAAAGGCACGACGAAGAGCUGAGGUCACUUUAUCACAAGCUGGAUUCCAACGAUGACACUAGCCUAGACCGGCUCAAACAGCAGGCAGCGGAGAUGCUGAAGAAGCCCAGCAUCGUCGUGCCUACCUCCAAACAUUUGGACCGCAUGGCCGAGUUGGAGCAAACCGUGGUCGAACAGGAUGUGUCGCUCACAUCUAUCACCAAAAAGCUGAAGGUGGCCGCCGUGGAGUUGGAGCAAGUGAAGUUGACCAUGGAAACGCAGGGCAAGAAACACGUUGACGAGUUAUCCAGGCUGAAGGAGUCUCACGUCGCAGAGGUGGGAGAUCUGGCCAUGGAGACCAAAGACCAGAGGAGAGAAAUAACAGAGCUGAAGAAGGAGAUGGAUUCCCUCCAGAAUGAGCUGGAGAACCAAAAGGAAGCCAACAUUCUAUCCCCCAGCAACACCAUGAAGAACUUGGUGGAACGCCUCAGACUACAGCUUGUCCACAAAGAGAAACAGAUAAAGGCUCUCAGCAAAGUUCUUUUAGAACUGCGGACCCAGAUGACGUCUGCUGCCGAGCAGCAAGUCUUGGCCAACGCCGCACAGACCGAGGAGAGGCUCAAUGUACAGAAGGUGGUCGACAAGCACACGAAAGACCUGAAGGCUCAGGUGCAAGAGCUCAGCAAUGAGCUACAAGCUGCGAAGGAGUCGGCCAAAAGAAGCGAGAACGUUCUCAGAAAGGAGGUGGACGGACUGAACCGAGAGCUCCAGAAGAGCCAGAACCAUCAGAAGAGCCUUCAGGCCAAGAAGGAAGCUGGAGAACAGGAAAUUCAGGAGCUCCAGAAGCAAGUCAAGAGGCUCAGCAGCUGCAUUCAGAGUCAAUCCGUGCUCGACGGGAAGGGGCCAACUGUUGAAAAUCUGCAGAAGAAAAUCAGGAAGUUGGAGUCAGACUUGGAGAAGAGUACUGAAAUCAAGAGAAUCAAUCACGGAAAGAGCAAAGAGGAAAUACUGCUGUGGGAGGAGGGUAAAAAGUGGCAGUCCAAGCUGGAGAAGGCAAAGACUGCUCUGAAGGACAAGGAACAAGAAAAUGACUCUCUGUCUAAACAGCUCUGCACUUUAAAAGAGCUCUAUGCCAGACUGGAACGCGAGCGGAAUGCACUGCAGAGGAAAACAAAGGCUCGAGGAGUGACCGCUGACCAGGUGGCGGGAGCGAGACGAGAUGAGCUGGACAAGGACAUCGAAGCGCUGACAAAAAAGAACGCAGAGCUGGAGGCUCAACUGAUCGCCAUAAAGCAGCAACAGGCACUAAGUCGUGACGCCGCUGUGGAAGAUCUGACUCGGAGGAACCGCUACCUGGAGGAAAGACUGCAAGCCUUGGAGAACCAGACAUCUCCCUUAAGACUGUCUGGGAAAAACUUGCAGGCUUUUAAAGGGACGACUUUUGACGUUGUUAACGGCACAUCGGAAGUGAGUGCAGCGCACCAUUCGGAUGAACCACGGUGUUGCUCCGUGGGCACUGAAGUCAACACAAACAUCCCUGAAAUGUCUGAGUCUCAAACCGGCGCUGAAGAAGAGAGUACAAGCCCGGAGGAGGCCAAAAACAAGACUGCAGACAAAACCGACAUAGGGGGCAAGGAUGAGCUGGAAGCAAAGGGAAGCGAAGCGAAAUCUGAGGAUGUCCCAGAUGUUUCAGAAGUUGCGAAGCCUGGGUCGGGAGGAUUUGUAUCGGUGUCCACCGCAGAAGGAGUUGAAACACAAAAUCACGUAAAUAAAGAUGAUGAAUUAGCUAGUGGAGAUAGUGAUAAGGACUCGAUGGAAUCCGGUGCAGAAAAGCCUGAGGGGACCGAACAAGAUGAAAUGUCGACAAGGGAGGCAACGAAGGAUAUUCCACAUGUGACCAAAUACGAGAAACCGAGUCAAAACCUUGACAGCGCUAUCAGGAAACAAAUGGACGAUGAUGUGGAAAAUCCAGAAAGCCAAUCACAAAUAUAUCUGAAGACGUCAGAGAAAGAUACGGCGUUGCCAAGAGACCUGGAUCUCCAAAAGGAAAACCUCAAACUGGCCUCAGAGAAUCUGGAGCUCCGUCUCAAACUGGCGCAGACCAACACUGACCUGCCAAGGCUAAAGAGUAAAGUUGCAGACCAGGAGGAGAUGUUCAGGGUCCUGAAAAAGGAACAUGCCGAUUUGCAGAAGAGGCUUGCCAUUACCAAAAUUAGCUACAGCGGGAAAACAGUGGCCGAACUUGAGAAGACCAUCCACUUGAUGAAGAAGGUGGUGGAGAGGGUACAAAAGGAGAACGAGGCGCUAAAGAAAACCUCGACAACUCAAAGUCAGGACAAGACCUUGGAACAAAACCACAAAAAGCUACAGGCGGAAUAUGACAGAUUGAAAAGUGAACAUGGAGCCGAGAUUCGCAAAUUGGAAUCUAAAUGCAGAGGACUGGAGAAGAUAGUGAUGGAGAAUGAACGUCUAAGAAAGCAAGUCAAAAGGGAAGCUGAGGCCGCAGAGAGGCUGCGAGUGUCCAAGACCAGCGUGGAGCUGACCUGUGAGAAGCUGGAGGCCGAGCUGGAGGAAACCAAGCAAAGACUCUGGGAAGCGCUGUCGAGACCUGCCGUGGAAGUAACUCAAGGCAAGUCCUCCAAAGCGUCUGUGGUGACUCGAAUGUUUGAAAACAAGAUGAAGGAGCUGGAGAAGGAACUCUCAAUGAAAACCUCCACCAUGGCGGAACUCAAACAGAAGUUGAAGGAGGCGAACCGACACGAGGAGAAGUCGCAGUUCCGUAUCCGGCAACUCGAAGAUCAGGCUGACAAAUUGAACGUUGCUGGGGGUCCGCAUAAAGAAGCAGAUGUCUCCAAGGAAAUUAGCGAGUUGAGGAAAGAGAACUCUGAGUUAAAACAAAAACUGGAUGAGUACAGCGAGCAAUACGACGGGAUGUCCAAACAAGACACGGAUUACAGGAAGUUGAAAGAUCUCCUCAAGUCAGCGGAGGCAGAGAAAACCAAACUGGAAGUCCAAGUGCAACAGCUGAAUGAUGAACUGGGCAAGGUGGACGCCGCUUUCUUUGAAGAGAUCGAGGACUUGAAGUAUAACUACAACUUGGAGUUGAAGAAGAACGUCGUGCUGGAGGAGCAGCUGAGGAAAGUGUGUGAUCGUGCCUAAAGAGCAGGGCCUCAGAUCAAAAUUGGUUCUGUGGCUUUUAAUAACUUCCUGUUGUCUUAUAUAUUACUUGAGCUAAUAAACCUUUCAGUGCCUUGGUAGGGUGAAGUAUCAGUGUCAUGUGAGCUAUUCAUUGUCAAUAGGACUAUGAUAUUUAGUAUCAACAAAAGCAGUUUGAAGUCUUACGUAUGUAAGAGAUAAAUGUUACUUUCACAAGGGCAGCUUCAAAUGUAGUAUAUGUAUACAAUUGUUUACAAAUGUAAAGUUAUCAUGUAGUACUGCACUGUUUGUAUUUACUAAUAAAAGAUUAC